GGUGAACCAGCGGAGCGGAGCACAUUGGAUCUGCAGAGUACCUAGGUACCGCCCGUUCCGAGAGAUGCCCGGAAUUCAAUUGAUCCGAGCGGGCCGCGGGCGGGCCCGUCCCGCCCUCCAAAGGACGGGACCCCUGCGGUAUGCCCAGUUAGUUUGCCAUUCCAGCCCGGCGUCGCCUUGUAUUGCGCAACAUAGCGAUUGUGGAUGUUUUGCGUGCACCUUUCUUGCUGUUGGGUUUUCUAGGCACUCCAUACAUCCGGUUCCUCUGCUGUGGCUGACGCUGCCAAUCCAUGCUCUUCUUCUAGCGAACCAAUAUGGUCGUCAACUUUCUGUUGGCAUGUCCAUUGGUCGGCCGCCUAGCCGCCCGGUCGGGCACUGCAAAAUCCUAACCAUUGACAUUUGUUGCUAGACAGCCAUUGAUAUCUCUCUUGCAAUUCGGCUUUCAGAACAAUAUGGGGCAUCUUUCAAAGAUCAAAGACCGCUUGUCGCGAAAGAUUAAGAAAAGACCUGAUGCAGGAGCGGAGCAAGGCGGCGGAGUUUCCUCCUCGCCUUCGCCUGCGACACCGGACCUGAUCUCGACCUUUACGACGGCCGCGCCGGCUUCAGGACCUGUCAAAACCUCGCCGAUUACGACAACCACUGCCCAGCCAUCACCUGAACAGGCCGCGCCGUUAGCUCCGAACCCCGCUUCCGCGUCGCCAAUAUCCGUACCGCAGCCAACCGUUUCCGACACACCCUCGACGAGCGAUGACGCCGAUCUAUGGACUAUGGCUUACGAGCUAGCUCAGGAGCGAGAACCCGAACUGAUGGCAGACUACAACAAGCACCUGCAGGGCAACACUACAGCCAGCGCAAAUCUCUCAAAUCGGGAGUGGGUCAAAUCCAUCGUGAAUGAGCUGUUAGAAGAUCGAAAAGAGAAGCAGUGGCGAGUCUCAAUUCGAGGCAAAGAAGUCACGGUGCAAGAACAAGUCCAAAAGCUGGCAGAGUUCAUCCGCUGGUCCGACCCGAUCAUCAGGGAAGCUGUGAGCACUCAACCAUACGCAGCGCUAGCAUGGUCUGGUGUUUCGUUGUUUCUACCCCUCCUUACGAGCGGCGUCGCGCAGAAUAAGGCCAUGCUGGAGGGCUUUAAUUCAAUUAGCGAUCUCCAAAUGUAUUGGCGAAUCUGCGAGGAGACGUAUCUCCAAUCCGAACAUCGACGGCAUUACCAAGCCCUCAUCGAACCCUUGGCUAAACUAUAUUCCUACAUCAUGGAGUAUCAGGCCCGAGUCAUAUGCCACCUCUCUACAGCUCAGCUUCGCCGCGCAUGGCGCGAUAUGGCUGGUUCCAACGAUUGGGCUGGGACCAGGGAAAAGAUCAAUACUUCGCACGAAGACUGUAGUCGUUUCGUCCCUAUUGGAGAACAGGAAGAGAUUCGGCAAAAAUGGGAUGAACAGCUGCAAGGGAUGCAGAAGUUGCUUCAGACUCUGAAGGAGGAUAAACGAGACGAGAAGGAAACACAACUGCUUCAUGACUUGGCGGCGGCAGCAGAAGGUUACGAGAGAUACAAGAACAUCAACCCAGAGAGGGUCCCCGGCACCUGCGAGUGGUUCCUGACGGACGAGAAGUUCUGCAAGUGGCGCGACAGCGAGUCCCCAAGUCUACUCUGGGUCUCAGCAGGUCCUGGACGUGGCAAGUCGGUCUUGUCAAAAUCUCUGAUUGACGAGGGAAAGUUGACCACAGACGUCACUACCAUUACCAUCACACCGCAUGCCAUCAUGAACACAACGUCAGCUGUCUGUUACUUCUUUUUUAAGGAUGGGGGGGAAGGCCGCAUGGACGGUGCUCAUGCUUUAUGUGCGAUACUGCACCAGCUUUUCACGUGUCCCUCUACCUCUCGACUGAUCGAGUAUGCGCUCCCGAGCCAUAGGGAAAAUGGUCCAACUCUCACCAAGAAAUUCUCCGAGCUAUGGGGAAUCUUGGAAAAGUGCGCCACGUCUUUAGAUGCUGGAGAUAUCAUUUGCGUGCUCGAUGCUCUAGACGAAUGCAACAAGGACAGCCGGCAGGAAAUCAUCGAAAUACUUGAGAAGUUCUAUUCUCCGAACGAGAAACCAUCGAAUCAUGCCUCGAAACUCAAAUUUCUCGUCACCAGUCGUCCGUAUGACGAUCUGGAACAUUCCUUCCAGAAAAUUCCGGCAACUGCAGCAUAUCUGCAUUUUGACGGUGAGGAAAAGUCCGAGCAAAUCGGCCGAGAGAUUAAUCUCGUCAUCGACGCCAGAGUGCAGGACGUUACAGUCAAUUUCACGGCGGACGAUCAACGGAAGAUUUCUGAACGCCUCAAGAGCAUGGAGCAUCGCACAUACCUCUGGCUACAUCUGACAUUCGACAUCAUUAAAAGGAAGCGCGCUGAUUACGGUAAACGUUCCGAUAUAGAACGUUUAUUAUCUCAUCUACCAUCCCAAGUCUCUGAUGCAUACGAAAAGAUUUUGAGCCGAAGCACAGAUCGGCGACGGACAGAGAUUCUCCUUCAAAUUGUGCUUGCUGCCGCGCGGCCUCUUACUCUCGACGAGGCGAACAUUGCAUUAACGUUGGCUGUGCAAGAAGAAAGGUUGGCAUCACACGCGGCACUCAAGGAGGAUCUCUGGCCAGAAAGCAACUUUCGAAGCGUCGUCACGAAUCUCUGCGGCCUCUUCAUCAGCGUCUUCGAUUCGAAAUUGUCGUUUAUCCACCAGACGGCGAGGGAGUUCCUUACGGAUUCUAAACAAGAAGGGAGCUGGAAAGGCCGCUUCAAUAUGCCACAGUCGCACAGUACGAUAUCACGAUCGUGUCUUUAUUACUUGCUGCUACCCGAUAUCGACAGACCAGUUGAAGACAGCCCUGCUAAGGAUAAACAACACCUAUACCUCGCCUACGCCGCUGCCCACUGGCCUUUGCACUUUGUCUCGCAGGAAGUAACCGAUGCUGAUCUGUUUCGAAAGGAUGCGCGUACGCUUUGUAAUAUAGCCGGGCACCAAGCAAGCAUUUGGGUGCCUAGCUACCUCAAACAGAGAAAACUGCAGUGGGAAGGUUGGACGGAUCUAGCUUUGGCAAGCUAUCUUGGUCUAAAGCAGGUCGUCCAAGAUAUCUUGUUUAAGGAGAAGACAGAUGUCGACAUACGAGGCGGAGACUACAGCACGGCAUUAGUGGCAGCAUUAGCAGCAGACGACCAGGAGUUUGUCAAGAACAGGCACGAGGCUAUCGUCAAGCUGCUGCUCGAGAAGGGCGCCGAUAUCGAGACAAAGGAUGAGUAUGGCCGGACGCCGUUGUCGUUGGCUGCUAGGAACGGGCACGAGGCUAUGGUCAAGCUGCUGCUUGAGAAGGGUGCCGAUACCGAGACGAAGGAUAAGUAUGGCCAGACGCCGUUGUCGUGGGCUGCCAUGAAUGGGCACGAGGCAGUCGUCAAGCUGCUGCUCGAGAAGGGUGCCGAUAUCGAGACGAAGGAUGAGUAUGGCCAGACGCCGUUGUCGUGGGCUGCCGGGAGCGGGCACGAGGCAAUCGGUGCCGAUAUCGAGACAAAGGAUGAGUCUGGCCUGACGCCGUUGUUGUGCGCUGCCGGGAAUGGGCACGAGGCCAUGGUCAAGCUGCUGCUUGAGAAGGGUGCCGAUACCGAGACAAAGGAUGAGUCUGGCCGGACGCUGUUGUCGUGGGCUGCCAGAAACGGGCACGAGGCUGUCGUCAGGUUUCUGGAAUCACAUGCGAUUAUAACUUCAUCAACCCACGUUGACUUAACCUCCUCCCCACCCACCACCAACAUCUAAGCUAUCUUUAUAUAUCAUUUAUCUUGACAAAGGGAUCACGUUAGAAUCUCAAAGAAAAUUGGUUAGACUACAUGAUUACAAAACGGUAUUUCAGGACAUUCAUUAGUAAUCUUAUGAUGGAAGGACAGCGAACACGCACGUUGCGAGCGCCAAAACGGCCAAAGUAGGGUGGGCGAUAGCUGACACUGGGUCAUAACCUCUUUCCGAAGGCCUGUGCGCUGAGAAUACAGGGAGCUGGUUGGGGAGGAAGUCAAGGACCCGAACAGUGUCCCAUCGCAAUAUCAAAACCUUGGCCUCCUUCCUCUGACCACCACCCUCUUUCACCUUCACGCAGCCUCUUCUAGUGUCUCUUCCACCAAGCGAG